CCCCCGCAGGAAGCCCCCCUCCCGCUGACUGUGGCCCCCGGGGCCCCGCUGGGAGGAGCACACAGGCAUCGCGCGGGGCAGCCCGGCCCAGGACCCCGGAAGCGGCAGUAGUUGGCACGUGUUUAUCGGAGGAUGGAGGAACCCGGGCUGCGGGAGAUCGGCUGCGAACUGAGAGUGCUGAGCCGGAGUGAUGGGUCCGCCAGCUUCCUGCAGGGGGACACAUCUGUCCUGGCGGGAGUAUAUGGCCCAGCGGAGAUUAAGGUUAGCAGAGAGCUGCAUGACAAGGCCACCAUUGAGGUGAUACUAAGGCCCAAAGUAGGACUACCAGCCAUUCAGGAGAAGAGUCAGGAGCUGCUGAUUCGGGAGACGUGCGAGUCUGUCGUUAUAGGAGCUCUGCACCCCAAAAGUUCUAUAACCAUCAUCCUUCAGAUUGUCAGCGAUGCUGGAUCUCUCCUCGCCUGCUGUCUGAACGCCGCGUGCAUGGCACUGAUGGACGCAGGCCUCCCCCUGUGUUUCCUCUUCUGUGGGGUCACUUGCGCACUGAAUGCUGAUGGCCAUCUGACCCUUGACCCUAACACUAAGCAACAGAAGGAGAGCCGAGCCGUCCUGACCUUCGCUAUAGAGAGUACGGAAAACAAAGUGUUAACAGUGUUUUCUCGAGGAACAUAUUCUACUACAGAGCUCCAGCAGAGUAUCGCUGUGGCUCAGAUCGCAGCUCAGAAGAUCUUUACAUUUUACAGAGACUCGGUGAGGAGGAGAUACUCGAAAUCCUGAGAAAACAGUUUCUUUGCAGAGCCACUCCCCUCCCCUUACAAUUGCCUUCCCACCCUUCCCUUACCCCUCUUUCACAGCCCUCGUCUUCCCUUACCCCUCCUUUACAGCCAUCGCCUUCCCUCACCCCUCCGUCACCUCAUUGCCUUCCCUCACCCCUCCGUCACCUCAUUGCCUUCCCUCACCCCUCCGUCACCCCAUUGCCUUCCUUCACCCCUCCGUCACCCCAUUGCCUUCCUUCACCCCUCCGUCACCCCAUUGCCUUCCUUCACCCCUCCGUCACCCCAUUGCCUUCCUUCACCCCUCCGUCACCCCAUUGCCUUCCCUCACCCCUCCGUCACCCCAUUGCCUUCCCUCACCCCUCCGUCACCCCAUUGCCUUACCUCACCCCUCCUUCACCCCAUCGCCUUACCUCACCCCUCCUUCACCCCAUUGCCUUCCCUCACCCCUCCUUCACCCCAUUGCCUUCCCUCACCCCUCCUUCACCCCAUUGCCUUCCCUCACCCCUCCGUCACCCCAUUGCCUUCCCUCACCCCUCCGUCACCCCAUUGCCUUCCCUCACCCCUCCGUCACCCCAUUGCCUUCCCUCACCCCUCCGUCACCCCAUUGCCUUCCCUCACCCCUCCUUCACCCCAUCGCCUUACCUCACCCCUCCUUCACCCCAUCGCCUUACCUCACCCCUCCUUCACCCCAUCGCCUUACCUCACCCCUCCUUCAUCCCAUCGCCUUCCCUCACCCCUCCUUCACCCCAUCGCCUUACCUCACCCCUCCUUCACCCCAUCGCCUUACCUCACCCCUCCUUCACCCCAUCGCCUUACCUCACCCCUCCUUCACCCCAUCGCCUUACCUCACCCCUCCUUCACCCCAUCGCCUUACCUCACCCCUCCUUCACCCCAUCGCCUUUCCCUAACCCCUAUCAUCUUCUCUCACCCCUACUUUACCCCCAUCACCACCCCCCCUUUCUUCACCCCCAUCACAUGCUACACUUCUCUUCCCUUCACAUCCUGCUACCCUCAACCUGACACCUUUGCCCUGUCCUUUCUCCAUUAUAAUUUUUUUUAUUAUUUAGAUAGCGCCAUCUAAUUCCGUAGCGCUGUACAAUGACCUGCGAGAUUCAGUUUAGUUUGUAUUCAGUUCAUGCAUUUCAUAUUACCGUUGAUGUUUGUGAAUAAAAGUGUUUGUUAUUU